CCGCCGCGCGCCGCCCCGCACCCGGUCUUCGCCCGCAGCCCGGCCGGCACCACCCCCCGCGGGCCGCAGGGGCUCAUGCAGCCGCCAAGCUCUUCUUCCAGGGAGAGGCUAGUGCUAACAGGCCGAGCUGGAUGGAUGGGUAUGGGGAGAGGGGCAGGACGUUCAGCCCUGGGAUUUUGGCCGACCCUCGCCUUCCUUCUCUGCAGCUUCCCGGCAGCUACCUCCUCGUGCAAGAUCCUCAAGUGCAACUCUGAGUUCUGGAGCGCCACUUCGGGCAGCCACGCCCCGGCCGCGGAAGACGCGCCUGAGUUCUGCGCUGCUCUGCGCACCUACGCACUGUGCACACGGCGCACGGCGCGCACCUGCCGGGGAGACCUGGCCUACCACUCUGCGGUCCAUGGCAUUGAGGACCUUAUGAGCCAGCACAACUGCUCCAAGGAUGGGCCCACCUCGCAGCCGCGCCUGCGCACGCUCCCACCAGCCGGGGACAGCCAGGAGCGCUCGGACAGCCCCGAGAUCUGCCACUACGAGAAGAGCUUCCACAAGCACGCGGCCGCCCCCAACUACACGCACUGCGGGCUCUUCGGAGACCCGCACCUCAGGACUUUCACAGACCGCUUCCAGACCUGCAAGGUGCAGGGCGCGUGGCCGCUCAUCGACAAUAACUACCUGAACGUGCAGGUCACCAACACGCCCGUGCUGCCCGGCUCCGCCGCCACCGCCACCAGCAAGCUCACCAUCAUCUUCAAGAACUUCCAGGAGUGUGUGGACCAGAAGGUAUACCAGGCCGAGAUGGACGAGCUCCCGGCCGCCUUCAUCGACGGCUCCAAGAAUGGCGGGGACAAGCACGGAGCCAACAGCCUGAAGAUCACGGAGAAGGUAUCGGGUCAGCACGUGGAGAUCCAGGCCAAGUACAUCGGCACCACCAUCGUGGUGCGCCAGGUGGGCCGCUACCUGACCUUCGCCAUCCGAAUGCCGGAGGAGGUGGUCAAUGCUGUGGAGGACAGGGACAGCCAAGGCCUCUACCUGUGCCUGCGGGGCUGCCCGCUCAACCAGCAGAUCGACUUCCAGGCUGUCCGGGCCCAGGCCGAGGGCCCCAGUGCCCGCAGGCCAGCGGCGGCCAGUCCCACACCCGAGGCCCCCGAGACGUUUCCCUACGAGACGGCAGUGGCCAAGUGCAAGGAGAAGCUGCCUGUGGAGGACCUGUACUACCAGGCCUGCGUCUUUGACCUUCUCACCACAGGCGAUGUGAACUUCACGCUGGCCGCCUACUACGCCCUGGAGGAUGUCAAGAUGCUGCAUUCCAACAAGGACAAGCUGCAUCUGUAUGAGAGGACUCGGGAGCUGCCUCGAGGGGUGGCAGCUGCAGCGAGGCCCCUCGGCCCCCAGCCCCUCCUUAGCCUCCUCAUGCUCCUCUCCCUGCUACCUGUGUUCUGCUAGGCAGUGCCACGGACUCGUACAGAGGCCCGGACUGUGCCCCUGCACCCGUCUGAGGGCUAGAGAUCCCGCCCGGGUGCAGACGUCGGGCAGGUGGCUCAGCGGCCUCUGCAGUGUUCAGGAGCAGAGGUAGCUACCGGCCAGGUGGCUGGGUGGCGCGGGGGACAGUUCCCUUGAGCUGUUCCUGGGAGGGGCUGACCAUGUGGGGCCACCCUGCCCUCUCUAGUGCACGUGACAAGGUUGUGGUUGGUGCUGUGGUGUUUGUGACAGUAGAGCUGAGCGGGAGACCAGCUCCCCUCCGCCCCACCCCUGUGUGAAUGUACAAAGCAGCCCCCUGGGCUGGAGCCCCCACCCCACCAGAGCAACACUGGGAAGGGUCCGAACUGCCCCUUGCAGCCCUGGAAAUGCACUGAAACAGGCCACGCCAAGCCUGGGGCCACCGCACGUGUGCACACACUCGCCCCAGCACACUCGCACACACUAAGCCCAUGGGACAGCUCUAGGGGCUGAGGCCGCAUCCCCAGGUGGGCAGGGCUCCCUCACGGUAAGCUGGACACCACACAGGGUGCUGCUCGGCACCUUGCAGCCAGCACGCCAUGCCUUCUGGCACCUCCUGCCCACGACGUGAGGGGACAGCGCCCUGUGCCUGCCACUGUCCGAGAGCCCUGUGGCCGGAGGGCCAUGCGUGUUGGCACGGGGUCCGAGGAGGGCUGCUCCUGGGCCCAGUGCCGCUUCCAAAAACAAGUGCUUGGUUCUAAGUGUCCACACCGAGAAGGGACCCUUUGACUUCUCCACCCUCUCCCAUGGGGCCGGGGGCCUGGGCUGCAGGGGGUGGGCAGGAGCCCAGGGGACAGGGCCAGCUGGCCUGCCCUGCCCUCUGCUCACUCCUCCCCUGCGCUGUCCGGGAGUCUUACCCCACCCAUGUCUGGGCUCUGGGGAGGAGCUGUUGGCAGGAUCCCCCCUAGUCCUUUCCCUGGAGCCCUGUGGCAAUGAGACACCUGCCUCAGUUGCCCUGGCUCCCCUCCGGUCCAUGGAGCCCGGCACUGUCCCACCACUGCUAAUGCUGCUGCUGCAGUGGCCCCCAGGGAGCAGCAAGGCCUCCCAAAGUCUCCUCUCCGAGGCAGGUCAUCUGGCCAGGGUCCCGCCGGCCCGGCCCAGCUCGCCAGCAUCUGCAGCAGCCCCUCUGCUAUCCCCAGGGACCUCUCAUACACUGGCCAGGAGGCUGCGGAACCUGCGUCUCUCCGUCUCCCCCAGAGGUCCUGCUCCUCCACCGAAACCACGCUAGGGCUGGGGAGCACUCGGCCCAUCCCUUCCUCUCCCUGCUGGCUUGUUUUUCUGUUUUUUAGUUUUGGGGUUUUUUUUUUUUUUUUAGAUGAUCCCUAUGUUGGAAGUAAAAAGUUGAAGCACUUUAUUUUGGUUGUGUUUGAUCACAUUCUGCUUGGAAGUGGGGACCCCUCACCGCGUCCAUGUAUCUGCGACCGUGUAGAGUGUCACCACUUGUACAUACUGUAAAUUAUUUAUUAAUGGCUAAAUGCAAGUAAAGUUUGGU